AUUAAUUUGUACAAAGGAGAUUAAAUGGGAAGAUGAACAAGAACGGGAAACUCAAUAAAACGAAAAAGUGCACUUCAACGAACUGCGAACCAAAAAUUGAUCUAAAUGAAAAGAAUACCAUUUCGAAAAAGAAACAUUCGAAAAAAGGGAACCUGAACGGGUUGGUUAAUGGAAUCGUGCAAGACUCUACCAAAGGUGCAGAGAAGAAGUCCAUCGAGGAUCGCAUAAUCACCAGUAACGAUGAAGAUACGUAUACAAACAAGAAACUUAAACCACAAAAAGAAAUCUCGAACGCGGAGGAGGGCACCAACAAAGACUCAAAGUCCAAACUUACCAAACUAGACUCAAACGACAACAUUUCGAGCAAUGAGAAAAUGCCGCUGGAGCCCAGUCAAGAGCCGGACUUAUCGUGUAAUUUAAGCAAUAAUAGUACAACAAACGAGGACUCGAUAGCGUCGUGUAGUAACAAAGCAACUAGUUCUAGCGAGGAGAAAAUAUCAGACUUGGCUGAAGACUUAGACAAGGUCAAACUCCAGCAACUCCAGCAACCCCAGCGCGAACUACCACCAAUCAAAUAUGUUCAGUACGAAUCCGAGCUGCAGAUGCCCAUGAUCAUGAAAAUCAUCCAAAAAGACCUGUCGGAGCCCUACUCCAUCUACACCUACCGGUACUUCAUCCACAACUGGCCGAAGCUGUGUUUCUUGGCGAUGUGCGGCGAGGAGUGCGUGGGGGCCAUCGUCUGCAAGCUCGACAUCCACCGGAAAGUGAUAAAAAGAGGCUACAUCGCGAUGCUGGCGGUGGACCAGAACUACCGCAAACUGGGGAUCGGGUCGACGUUGGUGCGACGCGCGAUACAAGAGAUGAUAGUGGGUGACGCGGAUGAGGUGGUUCUGGAAACUGAAGUGACGAAUAAACCGGCUUUACAGUUAUAUGAAGCCUUGGGUUUCGUACGGGAUAAGCGUUUGUUUAGGUACUAUUUAAAUGGCGUAGAUGCUCUGAGGUUGAAACUGUGGCUAAGAUGAGAAUUUUAAUUUGGUUGUAUUUGUUGCCAUAUGCUCAGGGUAUGGUGUGAGUUUGUUAAAAUUAGUUGAAUAUUCAGAAUUUUAUUCUUGUUGUUUGUUUGUUGUGUAAUUUCCCUCAUACUGACGCCAAAUUCGUUUGAGGACUAGGAUUCGUUCAGUCUUCCAAAGAUGUAAAAUCCAAAAAUAAACACUUUAUUUCA